UGAUUCGAUUAUGCUGUUCUAGCUGCGACAACCAGUUUAACCAGUUCUUGACAAAAAAAAAAAAAGAAACGGUGUCUCUCCUCCACUAGCAGUCCGACAUUACGGUUCCCCGGCGACGAUCUCCAUCUGCAUUCACUGUAACGACCCUUUACAACCUGUAGUCGACGAUGAAUCCCGAAUAUGACUAUUUAUUCAAACUGCUCCUGAUCGGUGAUUCUGGUGUCGGAAAGUCUUGUCUCCUUCUCCGGUUUGCAGAUGACACGUACACAGAGAGCUACAUUAGCACCAUCGGCGUGGACUUCAAGAUCAGGACCAUCGAGCUGGACGGAAAGACCAUAAAGCUUCAGAUUUGGGACACGGCCGGUCAGGAACGGUUCCGUACCAUCACGUCCAGUUACUACAGAGGAGCUCACGGCAUUAUAGUAGUUUAUGAUGUGACAGAUCAGGAGUCCUUCAAUAACGUCAAACAGUGGCUACAGGAGAUCGACCGCUACGCCAGCGAGAACGUCAACAAGCUGCUAGUAGGCAACAAGUGUGACCUCACAACGAAGAAGGUCGUGGAUUACACCACGGCUAAGGAAUUUGCCGACAACUUGGGGAUCCCCUUCCUGGAGACCAGCGCCAAGAGCGCCACCAACGUGGAGCAAGCCUUCAUGACCAUGGCGGCCGAGAUCAAGAAGAGGAUGGGCCCCGGGGCCACGGCCGGCGCCUCGGAGAAGUCCAACGUCAAGAUCCAGAGCAAGCCCGUCAACACCUCGUCCGGAGGCUGCUGCUGAGACCCGAAAACAGCCACGACCUGAAUCCACCCCGAGCCCACGACCAGUCUCAAUGUUACCAUGCUCCACAGGGAAAGAAAACCAGAGAGAGAAAGAGAGAGAGAGAGAGAGAGAAAGAAAGAGAGAGAGAGGGAGGGAGGGAGGGAGGGAAAGACAGGAAGACUUUGAGUGGACCGGUUUGUAAUUGUGUGUGCAGCUACAACACCAGAUUCCCACCACCCUUUCAAAGUCAGCAAUUGGACGGUAAGCCCAUCCAUCCCCACACAGAACACACUGGGCAGUUUCUUACUUUAUCAAAACACACUCAUACUGGAAAAAACAAACAAAAUGUAAACGAUUUUUAACAGUGUGUGAAGUUAACCAAUGAAAGAGAACACAUAUACAGCUCUUCUUCUUCUUUUUGUUUUAUUAUUAUGUUUGCCCCACCCUUCCUUCGAGUUUGUCACUUUUUUUUUUAACUGAAAAAAAGACACCCCCCCCCAACUCACAUAAAGUUGUCUUUAUUCAGCUGUUGUCUUUAACAGCUUAACUCGGGCCCCGAAUCUCCUCCCGUAACACGAAUUAGUGAGCACUUCAAAUGAAGCACAUGCUUAAACCAGCAUCAUGCAUGUUCAGACCUGAUCACACGCUCCCUCCGUGGCGUGCGAUCGGCCCGCCGUCACCAAGCGGCUCAAACCACACCCAGGAAACGCUCCCAAACCGUUGUCACCUGCUCCAACUUCACAGAGUCGCCCCCUAAAAAAAAAACGACGUGCCAGUGCCUUUGUGGCAGGAGAUUUACGUGACAUUUAUGCCUUCGGUGCUCUCGUGUUGUUGGCAUAUUUUCCCCCUUGUGUGCCCGCCGCAGUCGUGACUUCUUAAAGAAUCCACUUUGUAUGAUAGCAGUUAACAUUCCUGUAUAUAUCUAUAUUCGGCUCUGUGUGUGUGUGUGCUCUGCUGGUGUCCAUGAUACAAUAAGCAUGUGCUACAUUGGGAGACGUGACGUCAGCCGUGUGUAUUUUUCUCUGCUAAUGUUUCUCAACCAACAGCACAACAACCGACAACAGGAGAAAAAAAGAAAUCACCCAUCCCAGCUCGAGAAUAAUCUAUAAACUGUAUAUAUUUAUACAUAAAUGUAAGAAGUGAUUUGCAAAAUUGUGUAGAGAAGCAAAGUGAAAGCGAAUGACAUGAUAAAUAGCUGGAAUUAGUAAAUCUCGGCACGUUGAUUUGUGGCUGCGGACAUGACAUUUUUGUGGCACAAUGUCUACUAUUAAAACAAUGAAGGAGAUCUUUGAUAA